UGUCUACGUGUAAAAUGAUAAAAUUCCACAAAAUUCCUCUCAAUAAUCGCGUAAUUUAAUCAUUCACUAAACAAAUAUUUUCCAAGAUAGACGUAAAGUUUCGCCGCUUCAACUAUGCCAAGUGAGAAUAGCGGCAACGUUCCCAUUCGUGAACUUCCGCAAACCGAUCGUUUUAAAGAAGUGGCGCAAUUAUUUGCCGCUCAUUAUGCGAAAAAACCGGAUUUUUACGUCCGGGUUCCCGGAAGGGUGAAUCUUAUUGGCGAACAUAUCGAUUAUUGCGGAUAUGGAGUAUGUCCAAUGGCUUUGGAACAGGAUGUUGUGCUUGCUGUUGCGGUGGACACAAAAAAAUCAAUCCUGCGACUGCACAACGCUGAAAAAAUCUACGGGGAUUUUGAAACCGAUUUGAAAAAAUUUUCGAUAUCAAUCGGGGACGGAGCACCCGACUGGCAUCAAUAUUUCCUGUGUGGAAUUAAGGGAAUUUUUGAUAUUUUGCCUAAGGACGUCGAUUUGCAAGGAAUGAACGUCGUGGUUAGUGGCAAGAUACCUCCAAGUGCGGGGCUUUCAAGCAGCAGCGCUCUUGUCAGUGCUGCAGCCCUAGCAACUGCUCAUGCACACAAUUUCCCAAUGUCCAAAGAGAAGAUCGCGAAUUUGUGUGCGGAAUGUGAACGUUAUAUCGGCACUCAGGGAGGUGGAAUGGACCAAGCUAUCGCUUUUUUAGCCACUGAGGGUUGCGCUAAACUUAUUGAAUUCUCUCCCUUGCGAUCGACCGAUAUUACGCUACCUCCAGGAGCUGUGUUUGUCAUUGCCCACAGUUUAGCUAAACUCAACAAAGCUGCCACAGCUGAUUUUAACUGCAGAGUUGUAGAAUGUAGACUUGCGGCACAGCUAAUCGCGAAAAAACGCGGCUUGAAUUGGCCCAACAUCAAGCGACUCGGUGAUUUGCAAAAAGCUCUCGGAGUCGACCUGACUCAAAUGAUAACGAUUGUACAGGAGACAAUAUCCGAGGAACUCUACACGAAAGAGGAAAUCAUAGGAGAACUUGAAACUACUUCCGACCAACUGAGUCAAACGUCGCUGACGCAAAAUACCACACAUAUACAGAGUUUCAAGCUGAAACAAAGGGCGCUCCACGUCUUCCGAGAGGCGCGUAACGUGGAGCAGUGGGCCUCCUUCUGCACCAGCCCCCCCGACUCCACAACCCUGUCAAAACUGGGCCUCCUCAUGAGCAAAAGUCACGAGAGCUUGCGAGACCUCUACGAAUGUAGCCAUCCUCAACUGGACAGGUUGGUGGAAUUAUCAAGGGAACUGACCUACGGAGCUCGUUUAACCGGUGCCGGAUGGGGUGGAUGCAUCGUGGCCUUAGUGGCUCCAGAGAACGUUGACAAAUACAUCAACAUGUUGAAGGAGAAAUUCUAUUCGCACUUGCCACCGGAACAAAUCGAUUCGGUGCUUUUCGCAACAUCGCCUAAAGCUGGUGCUUGCAUCUUUCAAUAAUACAUUUUUGUAUCUAGGUUUAACAAAACCGCAAUAAAUUUUAAUACAGAUUAAAA